GUGCUACCUCAACUCUACCGUCUCGCUUUCAUGUUUUAAGUCUGCACGGAACGCAACGGCGGAGACUCGGACGCGCAUUCAGGAAUGAUUUCAACCAGACCCACCCUCUCGUCAACGAGUAUGUUGGACGGCGCGUUGACGAGCGUGUCGUGGCGCAUUGACCAGUAGAAGUAUGUCAGUGGGUUUGAAAGGAUGCGCUCGCUCGGGCGGAACCUGACGGAGGCGGAACUGCAAGACACGAUCAACAAGGUCGACGUAGACGGGAACAGCACGAUUGACUUCCCCGAGUCCCUCGCGAUGAUGGCGCACAGAUGCGUGGCACGGGACAGCGAGGAGAUUAAGGAGGUGCUCAGGGUCUUCGACCAGGACGGCAAUGGCUACAUCUUCACCGCGGAGCUCAGGCACGUCAUGAUGAACCUCGGCGAGAGCUGUCGGUCAACGAGGUCAAUCAGAUGAUCCGCGAAGCGGAUGUCAAUGGCAAUGGUCAUAUCAAACUACGAUGGUGUGUCUUUGCUGUUCGACGCUUUGUUGCUUUUCAAAAUCCGUGCCAUCCUCCUGUCCCGCGCAAAGGUCGUGAGGGUAUGCUCACUACCUCAUCAUCUACGCUGCCAUCAUGCUGAUCUGUCUCGCGGAUGAUGCUCUCCAAGUAAAGACAUGUACGACUAGU